UGUGAAUUUUCCAUGGUUAAUUUUUUUUUUUUACUAUUGUUGUGGUGUGAAUUAUGUGAAUUUUGAUUAUGAUAUAUAUUUUUUUUACUGUGAUUGUGUUAUGGAGGUUGGAGCAAGAGUCAGGGUUUUUCUUUAAUAUGAGGUAUUUUGAGGACAUGGUGACGACUGGAGAGUGGGAGGAGGUGGAGAAGUAUUUGUCUGGCUUCACCAAGGUGGAUGAUAAUCGAUACUCGAUGAAGAUCUUUUUCGAGAUACGCAAGCAGAAGUAUCUUGAAGCUUUGGACAAGAGGGACCGAGCAAAAGCUGUGGAUAUUUUAGUGAAGGACUUGAAGGUGUUUGCGGCAUUCAAUGAAGAGCUUUUUAAGGAAAUCACGCAGCUACUGACUCUGGAUAACUUUAGGGAUAAUGAACAGUUAUCUAAGUAUGGGGAUACAAAGUCUGCAAGGGGUAUAAUGCUUGCUGAGCUGAAGAAGUUGAUAGAGGCUAACCCAUUGUUUCGCGACAAACUUCAGUUUCCUACCCUGAAGAACUCGAGAUUGCGGACUCUUAUCAAUCAGAGCUUAAACUGGCAGCACCAGCUUUGUAAGAAUCCAAGGCCUAAUCCUGACAUAAAGACCCUGUUUGUAGACCAUAGCUGUGGACAACCGAAUGGUGCCAGAGCUCCAUCUCCAGUUACUAAUCAUUUGAUGGGGGCAGUCCCAAAGACAGGGGCUUUCGCACCACUUGGUCCUCAUGGGCCUUUUCAGCCCACACCUGCUGCGCUUCCAACAUCUCUUGCUGGAUGGAUGGCCAACCCAUCACCUGUGCCUCAUCCCUCUGCUUCCGCCGGGCCUAUUGGUUUGGCUGCAGCUAGCAAUCCAGGAGCCCUUUUAAAGCGCCCUAGAACUCCUCCUACCAAUAACCCAGCUAUGGACUAUCAAACAGCAGAUUCUGAACAUGUGCUGAAGAGAUCAAGACCUUUUGGAGUAUCAGAUGAGGCAAACAAUCUGCCAGUAACUAUUCUGCCGGGUGUUUAUGCUAACCAGAGCCAUGGUCAGAGUUCAUACUCUACUGAUGACUUGCCCAGGAAUGUAGUAAUGACAAUAAGUCCAGGUUCAGCUGUGAAGAGUAUGGAUUUCCACCCAGUGCAACAGAUUCUACUACUUGUUGGAACAAAUAUCGGUGAUGCCAUGAUAUAUGAGUUACCAAGCCAUGAAAGAAUUGCUAUUAGGAUCUUCAAAGCCUGGGACCUUGCGCAAUGUUCAGCGGCUCUGCAGGCGACUUUGUCCAAUGACUAUACAGCAUCGAUUAACCGUGUGGUGUGGAGUCCUGAUGGAACUCUUUUUGGUGUUGCAUACUCUAAGCAUUUAGUUCACAUAUACUCCUAUCAUGGUGGUGAUGAUUUAAGAAAUCACCUAGAGAUUGAGGCACAUGCUGGGAGUGUUAAUGAUCUUGCCUUCUCAUAUCCAAACAAACAGCUCUGUGUUGUGACUUGUGGCGAGGAUAGGGUUAUUAAGGUUUGGGAUGCUGUAACUGGGGCUAAGCAGCAUACAUUUGAGGGCCAUGAAGCCCCUGUAUACUCUGUUUGCCCGCAUCACAAGGAGAGUAUUCAGUUUAUUUUCUCGACAGCAACUGAUGGAAAAAUAAAGGCAUGGCUGUAUGAUAAUAUGGGCUCAAGAGUUGACUAUGAUGCACCAGGACAUUCGUCUACCACUAUGGCAUACAGUGCUGAUGGAACUAGGCUGUUCUCAUGUGGGACAAAUAAAGAAGGUGAUUCAUACUUGGUGGAAUGGAAUGAAAGUGAAGGAGCCGUAAAGCGUACCUACAAUGGUCUUGGGAAGCGGACUAUUGGGGUGGUGCAGUUUGAUACCACCAAGAAUCGAUUCCUGGCUACUGGUGAUGAAUUCAUGGUUAAAUUCUGGGACAUGGACAAUGUUAACCUUUUGAUUAGCACAGAUGCAGAUGGUGGACUGCCGGCUUCUCCUUCUAUUAGAUUUAACAAAGAAGGAAUUUUGUUAGCUGUCUCAACAAAUGACAACGGUAUUAAAAUUCUAGCAAAUUCAGAUGGAAUGAGGUUGCUAAGAACAGUGGAGAGUCGUACAUAUGAUGCUUCCAGAGCUGCCUCUGUGGCUGUCGUGAAGGCCCCAGCAAUAGGAACAUUUGGGUCGCCUAACAUCACUGUUGGAACAAGCACUGGAGAUCGAGCAGCUCCAGUGCCGGCCAUGGUUGGACUGAACAAUGACAGUCGAAGUUUGGCUGAUGUGAAACCUAGAAUUGUUGAUGAGUCGGUAGAGAAAUCCAGGAUCUGGAAACUGACUGAAAUCAAUGAAGCAUCACAAUGCCGGUCUCUGAGGCUUCCUGAUAAUUUAACUGCAAUGAGGGUUUCUAGGUUAAUUUACACAAAUUCAGGACUCGCCAUAUUGGCAUUAUCAUCUAAUGCUGUACACAAGCUUUGGAAAUGGCAACGAAAUGACCGAACUGCGAUAGGGAAGGCCACAGCUAGUAUUGUACCACAACUCUGGCAACCUGCAAGUGGUAUACUGAUGACUAAUGAUAUAAGUGAUACAAACCCUGAAGAUGCUGUUCCAUGCUUUGCCCUUUCAAAGAACGACUCUUACGUUAUGUCAGCUUCAGGGGGGAAAAUAUCCCUGUUCAAUAUGAUGACUUUUAAGACGAUGACAACAUUCAUGCCUCCACCACCAGCUGCCACAUAUCUGGCAUUUCAUCCCCAAGACAAUAAUAUCAUCGCCAUAGGCAUGGAAGACUCUUCCAUCCAAAUUUACAAUGUUCGGGUUGAUGAGGUUAAAACUAAGCUAAAAGGUCAUCAGAAAAGAAUAACGGGCCUUGCCUUCUCACAUGUUCUUAAUGUGCUUGUAUCCUCGGGAGCGGAUUCUCAGUUGUGUGUCUGGAACACAGAUGGAUGGGAAAGGCAAGCUAGUAAAUUCCUUCAGAUUCCAAAUGGGCGAGCUGCUGCCCCUCUUGCUGAUACUCGGGUUCAGUUCCACUUGGAUCAGAUACACUUGCUCGCAGUUCAUGAAACACAGAUAGCCAUUUACGAAGCACCAAAAUUAGAAUGCCUCAAGCAGUGGGUCCCUCGAGAAGCUAGUGGUCCAAUCACACAUGCUGCUUAUUCCUGUGAUAGCCAGUCAAUUUAUGUUAGCUUCGAAGAUGGAAGUGUGGGGGUUCUCACUGCUACAAACCUUAGAUUGAGAUGCCGAAUAUUACCGGCUGCGUAUUUACCUCCGAAUCCAAGCUUAAGAGUGUAUCCUCUUGUUGUCGCGGCACACCCAUCAGAUCCCAAUCAGUUUGCACUAGGUCUUACAGAUGGUGGUGUGCAUGUGCUUGAGCCAUUAGAAUCAGAAGGAAAAUGGGGCACCUCCCCUCCAACUGAAAAUGGUGCUGGGCCUAGCACCACUUCUGGAGCAGCAGGUUCGGAUCAACCUCAAAGGUGACAAUUUCAUGUGCAUCCCUUCACCAACAGACUUCUGAGUGUAUUUAUCCAUCCGUGUGCCAUUUCCUGGUCUCAACGUUUUUAUUCUUUUGUUUUAUGGGAAGCUGCGGAUAUAGGAAUCUAUAGUUUUAGGAUACUUGAAUUAACCCAAUAGAAUUGGUUAUAGUGGCAUCGGAGAGUAGGUUGUGUGAGGCAAUUUCCCUCAUUUAGGAUAAUUGGAGAAGUAUGAGUUCAUAGUUUUAAGUUUUGAAGACAAUGCAAUGUCGUCGAAAUCAGACAAUGUUCAGCAAAAGAUUUUAGUAUCUUUGAUUUGCGGUGACUGUUCAAUAUUUUUCUUUUUGUCUAAAUCAUUCGUUAGAAGUUUAUCCAGAUUUUAGUUUCUUGAUUGGGAAUUAAAAUCAGACAUGUUUAUUGAAAUUUAUAUAAGAUUGUAAUGUCCUGUUUUUAAUAAG